AAAUGAAGGUAGCUACAUUACAACUGGUUAUUGUACCAAUUAUCUGCCCAGUUUUGAUUCCUGCUGUGAUUACGAAAAUUGUGAAAUAGCAGAUGACUACAAUGAUGAUAAUUGCAUAUUAAUUUGUGAAAGUUUAGAUUAUACAUCUGUAUUAGGUGAAGAUGAAGAAGAGGAUGAAAAUACUGAAGAUAAUAUUAAUUUGGAGGGGUCUGAAAAAUUAAUUUUGAAAGGUGAUUUAAAUCUUGAUCAAUCUUUAAAAAACGC